AUGGUGGACGAGCUGGUGCUGCUGCUGCACGCCCUGCUGGUGCGCCACCGGGCCCUGAGCAUCGAGAACAGCCAGCUGAUGGAGCAGUUGCGGUUUUUGGUGUGUGAGAGAGCCACCUUGCUGCGCCAGGUACGUCCGCCGCCCAGCUGCCCAGUGCCCUUCCCGGAGACAUUCGGGGGCGAAAACGGCCGGCUUCCCGAGUUUAUCGUGCAGACGACGUCCUACAUGCUUGUCAACGAGAACCGAUUCUGCAACGACGCCAUGAAGGUGGCUUUCCUGAUCAGCCUGCUCAAGGGAGAAGCCGAAGAGUGGGUGCUUCCCUACAUCGAGAUGGAUAGCCCCAUCCUGUUGGAUUACCGGGCCUUCCUGGAUGAGAUGAAGCAGUUUUUCAGCUGGGACGAUGAUGAAGAUGACGAGGAGGAGGAAAACGACUUUUACUAG